CGUUUCUUCUGCAUCACACGGUGGUAGUAUGACAGUGAGUGAUCUGUCAAGGUAACUCCGACCGGUUCGUCUCCGUACCUUACCUUUACCUCGCAACAAAGUAUCUUUUUCACGAACUGUACAAGGGCAGCGGAGUGGUUAAACAUACCCGGCAUGGUAUGUAGUUGUCCUGCAUCCUACCCGGCCUCUUUCCUUUUUCCAUCAUUCUUCAGCACCAGUGGGCAGAGUUAGCUACCCUUGCCCGCCUCUUACCCUUGCCAAUUUUCACCGAAAGGCACCGCAAAUUCGAAGCUCCCGCAACCCGUAUCCAUGCGAAUGGAGCGGAGGAACGGACACUAAGCUCCUGUCAGCGUUAAAAGCCAUAUCGCGGUCCGCUCUCCGCACACACUUUCCCAUUUCUUAGUCUUUUCUCCCCGCCUGCCCCGAUCUCCCCGUCACAAAGGCCGUUACCAUCAACGGCUAUCUCAUAUCACACGAGCUACCGGUUUUGAGUUACCCUACCUCAACCUCACAACAGGACCGCCGGCUGCUACCGUUACCCGGUUUCCACUUUCUACUCAUCUUUCUCAAUCUCCUUCACCUAUUUUGCUUCUUCCCGUUCACCACUGGCGAGGUAGCUUGCGGCAGCACCGAAAGUAAACAAAAGAAAAAGAGCAAUACCUCUACCUUCCCGCCACUCUUGCCAUCCAUCAUUCGUCAACAAUUACGCCUUCGAUCAAAAGAACCGUUGUCGUUAGGGGUAGGGGAGACGAGGCAAAGGAUCAAACCUCUGAAAAACAUGGGUAUUUGCUUUCGGCGCUAGCUCUGCCUCAUCGCAGUUUACAGCCUAUCAGCAAGUUAGAGUACCCAGAUUACCGCUCUCGCCAUUGUUGUCGCUCUCAUUCGAUCCACAUCCACUUGCGCAAGUUGCCCUGCCGCAAGACGCUGUGUUCGCGGUUCCGAUCCUGUCGGCAUCGCUAGCUGUGCAACGCCAAGUGUUGGCAGUACAACCAGAGAGUUGUGGGAGCUACCGCAGCCCCGUCCUACAGGCGCACUUGUGUCUCGCAUGGGAAACCUGAACGCUGCAUCAAAGUACACAGCGUUCAGGUUGCGAGAAGCUGCGAGCAGUGGCAGCCAGAUAAGCUUGGUGCGCGAAGACUGAAUGCCAGCCAGUCAGCCAGCCAGUCCGAGCAAGAAAAGCGGCGUGGAGCACCUUGCCAGGCAAGCAGGAGCUCUGUACCAUCGAGGUGCACGACAGGCAGACACCUCAAGUCCGGGGGUGGUUGGCUUCUCGGCAAUCUAGCCAAAGCAAGACGUUCUACAGUCGAGGUACCUGUUGCUAACCCAUCCGCUCUUCUCACUCAAACAGCUAUACAGACAAUACCGCGUCGCUGUCGACGAUCGAGGCGCCGCCUCAGCCUUCCUUCAUAAGCCUGAACCCCCUACCGAUCCCUCCGCCAACCGGCUACACUGACGGAGGUGCCCACGGCUAUUUUCCUACCGCUCCCACUGUUUAUUCCACUAGCCUGGACGUCAGGCCUCGACUGGGCUCCAAUAGCACCUCUGCCUCGGGCAUGGCACAUGCCCCUCGAUCCAACGCAUUGCCGCACCCAGGCUCCCAGCUCAGCAUUCGAGACAGCUACGCAACCACGACGCCAACCUUCAGAAGGCAAGACCAUCACAUUCCACGCUCCCCAUCCUUCGGCGGCAUAACCUCGAGACGGCAUCCACUAUCGCCCACUCCCAGUCCGGCAACCUACAACACACACAGGAUGGACGGCACAUACGGGUCAAAGACCCAACCCAACAUACCCCCCCUUACCAGCAUCGUCGAGUGCGGUGUCCUUUCAUAUGGAGGCCCUCAAGCAACACCCAUCAAGGUGGAGAUUAGCGGCAUUAUCGACAAGGGAUUCUUCCUUGCCGAGGAGCAGUGGACUUGCUACAGGCGCAACUACUUUUCCUGUGUUUGCUCCUUCUCUUUAACCCCCAACCUUCCCACCACGGAGAUCCAAUUCGUUCAGACUGGAUCCCCACAGCCUUAUACAGUCUAUGGCUUUGCCAUGUCCAUCUCUGCAGCUGUAGCCGACAGCGAUAACCAAACAAUCGAGUUGGUUCAGCAUACGCCAAAGCGAGACAAGGGGCCGGUUGCUAAGCCCGAGAAGGUCCGGUUACUACCAAAGCCGGCUCAGCAAACCCACCAUCCACUAAGCGGAUUAUAUAGCAACCCCGACGGAAGUCUCUCGUCGUCCAGAGCAUACGACCACCAGCCAUACGGGCAGCAACAAAGCCCUCUCCCCACUGAACAUACGUUUGAGCGUAUACAGUUCAAGCAGGCCACGGCGAACAACGGCAAGAGGAGGGCUGCUCAGCAAUACUACCACCUCAUCGUCGAGCUAUGGGCUGAUGUUGGAAGCCAGGGAGGGGCAGAAAAUUACAUCAAGGUAGCCUACAGGAAGUCAGCCAAGAUGAUCGUCCGCGGACGGUCUCCAGGUCACUAUCAGAAUGAGAGGAGAGGAAGCACUAGCAGCGGGCCAGGGGGCUCCGGCGCCGGUAGCAUCGGCGGUGGUUAUUCUUCAGUCCUCGGACCUGGUGGCGACUAUCACCCUGGCACGAUGCUCCCCGGCGGCUUCACGCAAUUCGGUGAUCCGAGAGGUGGCUAUGGAGCACGGCAUCACCAUGAGCUCACCAUGGAACCCAUGAUGUCCCAUGACGAAGCCAAGUCGAUGACGGACCACAAGGGAUACCAAUAUUUCCCUGCAACGAUCUACGAGAGUGAGCACGCGGACCCAAGACAUCAACAGGUGGAACUGUUCUCCCACAGCCGCACGGAGACAGAGAGCAACACGGUUCCCUCCAUGUCCAGCGGCUAUGAUCCGACAAAAGUCAAGCCCGAGGGGGAGAACGGCCUUCCCAGUAUGUUUUAUCCACCAGUCAGCUCUUACUACUCGCAGCAACGCUGCGGAAGAUUUGAGGGCAAAAACAGCUCUAGUGGGUAUUACCCUACCAGCAUUCCGCCAUCUUCAACAAUGAAUAUGACAUAGACUCCUGGAAAGGAGUGGCAUUUGCCGUCCGGAUGGAACCGUUGUAUCAUGAUCCAGGAGCACUGUGAUGUCGUCUAAGAAGAGAUGUUAAAAACGAAGACCGUGAAUAGGGUGAAAAGGCAUUUAUAUUGUCUUGAGCUGAUUGACGUUCACUCACUCAAGCAAGACGAUGUCAGUCACCACUUGUGGAAACGAGAAGAUAUGGGAGGACGAGCCUAUGUGUGCCCACACGUGGAGAUGGCUACAGACGAUACUAAUGAUGAUGGACAUUUUCAUUGCUUUCAUUGCGCUGAUUUUUGUCGCGGAUUUCAAUGGCAACACACAUCGGACAGGCAGGGGCUUGGGUCGGGUCAAGGAUAAGACAGUACAGUAACCUAAAGGGAUCAGGGAUACAGGGCAAAUCGGCGAAGGAACACUUAUCGUUCUUCCCCUGUUAUUGUUGUUUGUUUGCAGUUUCUUUUUUCUUCUCUUCUUCUUCACCAUUCUUGUCCGUCGCCAAAUUUAUGGAGCGAACAAUUUCCACAAAAAAAUUUACUUGCUGGCCAUGUCUUUUCCCUCAUUUCGUUUCUUACUGUGUUUAUCUUCUUCUUUUUUUCUUCCUUUUUCUUGUAGGGAUAUCAAAAUGGGUGUCGGUCUAAAGGCGGAAAAUGGGAAAAACAUGGAAGGCAAAGACAAAGGGCAAGGAUCAAGGGUCAGUACUGGUUCAUUGGCAUAUGAAAUAUUGCGUGGCAUUUGCAAAGGAUACCCGGGGUUUUUUUUUUCUUCUAUUUCCAUUUGUUCUGUCUUCAUUUACCUACCUUUAGUCUUCCAUUACUUGGCUUUAUUACUACCGUACUUCUUUUUGUUUUCGCCAAAGAAAAGCAAGAAAAACAAAAAUAAGUCACUGUGUUUCCAUGUCAGUAGUGCCUCUACCUACGCAUCAACGAAGACUUGGAGCGCCGUUGUCACGUUCGCGCUCCGUACCUUUUCCC